UAGAUCGACUGAUACACGCAACAGGGACGCCCUUUUGCAACUCGAAGGGCUUACGCAUAUGGUGGAUAGCAGCAAACAGGACGCGAAACAACCACUAACAAUCGGACAAUCUUCAGCAAACCCAAAAUCGAGCAGGGAACGUAAUUCCACACCCCCAAAGUAAAUCUCGGCCCUAAAACUUGUCCAAACUCCAGCAGAUGAUCAACGGCGGUGAGCAGGAGGAUGGUUGCGAGACGUGGACGAUUUCACUGCAGCCGGAAGAUUUUCAACGCCGUGCAACGUAUUUUUCCGCCGUCUCGGUAACCGGACCGAUCGAGGUGCAUCACACGUACAACAAGCAAAAGGCACGCCGCUACCCACCAGCAGCGACACCGGAACAGAUGCAGCAGCGACUAGACGUGCGCGAUUCGUUACGAAUUUGGCGAGCGAAACAGUACGCGCUGUACGUGCUGCUGCAGAGCCAAUCGGAGGAGGCUGCGAUGGAAAACCGGGACACCAAGCUGCGCGUAGCCAGGCAACGAGCGCACGUUAAAAGCCUGCGACGGUUGCUUCGAAUGCCGGUACCGAAAGGGCAAGUGCUGCAAGACAUUACGCUGAACGUGGGCCCGACGCCGAAGAGCCUGCAACAGAUGAAGGUGAAAACGGUGGGAAGUAUUAAUAAAAUAAAAUAAGGUGGUAAAGUAAAUUCACAUCCCACCAGCUUUCCAAGAGAUAAAUGGUGAAUAGUUUAUUGUUAAUUUAGGUUUGGUUUUGUUUUUUUUCUCUCUGCGCUCUUGUUCUCCUUUUGUUUUCCGCCAGCCAUCCACGCACACUAUACGCGCAUCCGGGGGUGUGGUUGGGUGCAAACAGUGGGUAUCUUCCAACCAGCCCCUGCCACCUGCUUUUUUUUUCCUUCCUGUAGGGAGUUUCGAUUGGUUUUUAUCAUGAUGCUAAUAUAAAACGGAAACUGAUACCCGCCGGGUUCACUGGUUUUUGCCAGGAUGGCAGUCUAUUGUGCGGCACCCAGGAAUCUAUGAGUCAGCGAUGAGCACAACAAGAGCAAGAAAAAAGGACAGAGGAAACGGAAGUACUAAGGAUCGUCUUAAAUAGCUUACGAAGCAGACAGAGGUCGGCCUAACCAUCCUCUCCGGAGCGUCCUAUAUAUCGUUCCUGAUUUUUCGGCCAUCAAGUUGACACCAUAAAACACAUUAUACUCUGAAUCUCAGCUAUCCAAGAACUACUCUCGCUCUCUCUAGAGAAACCCCAAAACAGGCGCAUUUCAGCCCUUCAGAAGUCUACAAAUACUAAUACGUCGUAAUUGGUAAUGAAACAGGACUUCCGGUUUCUCUGUAGCCAGAACUUACUAUCCAGAAUAUGAAUACUACGGGAUAUUCAUAAGUCUAGUGCGCCGAUAUACGACAGGCACAACCAAAUUCCAUUAGAGGAUCACUAAGCCUAGGAAAAGCAAAAAUUGCACAAUUUCCCCAGCUUUUAACUUCAAGAUUUCCAUGACUUUGUUUAAUGUUUCCUCGAAAAAAUGCUAUCUGCUUUUAUUUUUCCUCCCAGAAUCAGAGUAAAUGGUUAAUAACGAUUCUUGUACCUAUGCUGGCAAGCUGCCCCUAUCAUCAUGGUACCCAUCCAAUCCUCUGAGGUUGUGAAGAUAGCAAGCCAAAAGAUCAUAUGCUCAUAUACAGUUCCCAUUGGGCAACUGGACAAUAGAUUAACAGAUUUGGUGCCCUUCCAGCAAGUUGUAAUUAAUUCACAUUCCUUGAACAAACACCAUUUUCACCAUGUCCUCUCAGAGGAAAAACUUUGCUUUGCAUGAUGCACCUCAAGAAGCGCAGAAUCCUUGAAGAGUAAUCUACCAAAAAAUGAUUAUAAAUCGAAGAAUCCUCUUCGUCCAAAGUGUCUCUUUUUGGUAUAAAGAGCCUCCGGUCGUGCACACAAACACACUACCACCAUCGAUCUUUCUCCCCAAUUUGGAGCAAAAAAUUCGACGAUUUCUUCUUCCUUGGCAUUACAACCUCGGAGGUCUCGGGCCUGCCAUUUCUGGCUUUCUGUGACUUAAUUUUACCCGUAGUAAAGUAGUCAAGCCCUACGUGCGGGGAGGCGGUCUGGAUGGGAGUUGAACCCUUGAACUGCCGACCGGCCCUGCAGUGUGAAGACCGGCGCCCCAACGACGAUUACUAAUCGUCCCUAAAAAAAAAACAGACCUCCAAAAGCAAUUGACCGCGCGUGUGCCAACUAACUGCCAAUUCAAAAAGGCCCGCUGCCUUUUAAUUCCUGCUUGAUUCCUCGCUAUAGCGAAGAGUAGUUCUUGGAGUUUGAGUACGGAGAAUGUUGUUCCCAUUUCCUAAUUAAUAAUGGAUUAAAAAUGUCACAAAUUAACUAAAUUUGAAACGGUGUCCUUAUUAGAGCAUGAGAGCAAAUCGGUUGUUCAGGCAUCCACCUGCAACAAGGAUCGUUGUUUGCUCGCAUAAAAAAAAAACGCAACAAGCGUUAAGAAAGGGUUAGGCAGGCAA